AUGCAGACUAACGACCAGAUUAGUAGUGAAGAAGAGUACAGUUUAGAAGAGUCGGGUGAUGUUGGAUCUUCUUUUGAAGAAGAAACAAGUAUGGAAGAGCUUUCAAGUAGUGAGGGGUCGGAAGAUCCACAGAUAUUUACCGUACACACUGGUGAGUGCAGUGGGACUUUUGAGCGGGUUGACUUGAUUCUGGAGAAUGAAAUGCCAAUGGUUAAUCGGGCUGCUUUAGAGGAAGAAGUGCGAGAGAAGAUCUUUAAGGGAAUCUUUGUUUGGGCCGAUGCUGAGAGUACUGAGGAUGAGCCUUGGAUUACGGCUUUCUUUGCAAUGGUGCCAUAUGUGGACUUGGCUGGGGCUAUGUUUGCUGGGGUGCAACGGGAAGUGGAACGGCUGGGGAAGAAGGAGCGGAUUAAGUUGCUGAUUAAUGGACGGUUUAAGAAUGUGCCUGAUGAUGUGGUUUGUGAGAUGUAUACGGCCCUGCCUAAUUGUUUGGAAUUGGACGAGAAGGAAAGGGUUUUAUUACUAUCUUUGGAAAAGCCUAUUAAUCCUAAAGAGGAAAAGGAGAUCAAAAAAGUGUUUCCAACUCUUAACUUGGCCAAAAUGAAGAACUUAUUCCCUAUUCAUUCUGAGGAGGUUUUCCUUUACCUUAGCAACUUACCGGCCGCCUUUACCACUCAUGGUGAUGGCUCUAUUAUUAAGGGGUAUCUUUUGGAUAAGAAAGGUCUGAGUAAGUUUAUCUCGGCCUUGCGUGAGUACUUAGAAGCGGAAUAA